AUGGCCAGCCCGUACUUUGUCCGCCCUGCGACCGUCGAGGAUGUGGCAACGUACGAGAAAGCGGCCGACUCGGUGAAGGCAACUCCUGAACUUUAUCGCAAGAACCUCUUUGAGACGCCGUAUGCUCAUACGCUCCUCGCGAUCGGCGGGUCGCCAGACGCCCCAGGAAAAGCGAUAGGCCUCGCGAUGUACUUCUUCAACUAUUCGACCUGGACUGGGCGGCCAGGAUUAUACCUUGAGGACCUAUACGUUGACCCCACAUACCGCGGGAAGGGCGUCGGAAAGGCUCUCUUCGCGGAGCUGGGCAAAGUAGCCGAAGAGAAGGACUGCGCACGCAUCGAUUGGCAGGUCUUGAAGUGGAACCAGCCGUCGAUCGACUUCUACGAGAAGACGCUGGGGGCGACGGCCAUGUCCGAGUGGAUGGGCAUGCGUCUCGAGGGUGACCAAAUCCAGAACCUCCGGAAGUUCAGAUUGGAGUCUUCGUGA